GUAGUGAAUCACUUCUCACUAAAAGAAGAAAACAUCUUACAAGAAAAAGGAACACUGUCUAUAGUAUAUCAAGGAAAGGAAUCAUGAAGACUCUCCUCUCACUCUUCUGUCUGGUUACUUACCUGACCUGUGCUCUGAGUGCUAAUGGCUGGCCAAUCUCUCUUGACAUGGCUUGUGGUAAAGCACUUUCUGCAGUUGCUUGCUCUUUUGAGUUUACCAACAAUGCAAAUGAGGAUCUUUAUCUACUGAAACGUAACACUCCUCUUGAAGGACUCAACUCUGAAUUUGUUUCUGUCUCUCUUGACGGUCGUCCACUGGAAUAUGAAGGUAUUAUUAUGCGUUGUGCCCCUCCUGCAAAGGAUGAGUUUGUACUCUUGAAGGGAGGUGAGAGCAUUUCUGCAUCUGUCCAAAUCACUGAUAUAUUUAGCAUUGAUACUGAUGGUCUCUACACUGUACAAUACAGUAGACCUUUACAGUAUUUGUCAGUGAAUGAGAUGAGUGCAAUGUCUAUUCAUCAGCUCAGGGGAUCAUUUGUACGUGAAUCCGUUCAACUUUAUUUGGAAGACACUUCUGUUCUCUCGAAACCAAAGAUAGAAGAAGUAAAAAUUGAUUACACUGUUCACAUUGAAGCCUGUGGCAGUGCUAGUUUCUCUAAUGGCAAUGUUAACAACAGUAAAACACUGGAUGCUCAUAAGAAGCUCUGCGCUGGAACUGAUAGAGCUAAAAAUAAAGUUGGUAAUAUUACUGUAUCUAUUACAUGGUUUGGUAGAUACGAUGCUGGAAGGACAGCUACAGCUAAGAAAACAUAUACAGAUGUAAAAAGUGGAAUAACUAACAAUGUUGUAACAUACUACAACAAUGGCCCGAGAUGUGGUGCUAAAACCUAUGCCUAUGUAUUGUCGAAUGUUAAAAAUACCGUCUAUCUUUGUAACUUGUACUACAAAUCUCAAACAUAUUGCAGUACAUCUGCUGAAAGCAAGGAGGGUACUCUGCUUCAUGAAUGGUCUCAUAGUUAUGCCGGUCGUAUUGACUAUAAGUCUGGAGGUACUGACUACUAUGGUCGUUCCAAGUGCAAGGAGUUAGCUAAAAACGAUCCUGCUAAUGCAGUCAAGAAUGCUGAUAAUUACUGUUAUCACUAUUGUGAUGCUCAGUAAUAGAGCUCAGCAGCUAAAAGCCAAGAACUUUUGGACUCAUGGAACACUAUAGGACAUGUACAGUUUAUUUUUGCUGCUUUAGGCCUCUUUUUGUUUAACUGUAAUAUUACAUUUUUGAUUAGUCAAUUA